ACUUGCCGCCUUUACUGCAUCAUUGGCUGUAUUGCGGCUAAAGGACGUGGGGCAGAUACCACUUCAUCUGAAAAGUCAUGAAGUCAUCACGAUCUUCGGAGUUGAUGUCAACCCCGAGCAUGAAUAAGCAAACCCCCCACAUCACUCCAGCAUAUAAACCGAACAUCAACCCUCGAACGAGAUCAUCGGAAUUUUGACUCCAAGAUAUCUGUUCAGAACGGCCCCGACAAUGUCAGAUCCACCCAAGCCCCUCCAUGACAAUGUGUCACGCACCAAAUCCAGCUCCCCACUAGGGCGAGCCGUCUUCAUCGGCCUCCGCGCCGCCGACGUCUGGUGGCAGUACAGCUUGUUCAGCCAGGGCUGGGCCUCCCAGCUCAUAACCAAGCUGGGUGGCUCUCCCGUCGUGGCCGGCAACGUUUGGGCCACCUCCAGCAGCAGCCUUCACAUCUACUACCACCUCGUCAGCCUCCUCUCCCUGGGCAGCAGCAUCAAGCAGAUCGCCGCCAUGCUGUUCGUCUCCGAGCAGGAAACCCGCGUCGGCUCCGCCGCCCUGAUCGCCUUCUUCAACACGGCUUUCAACACAAUUAACACCCUCCUCGCCAUCUGGUCACGCACCUCCCAAGCCCCAGCCUCCACCAGCAAGACGCUACUGGACUUCAUCCUAGCGAACCCCACCGUAACCAUUGGCUUCAGCGCCUACCUCAUCGGGAUAUUGACAGAGGCGGUCUCCGAGUUCCAGCGUCGCGCCUUCAAGAAAGACCCCGCCAACAAAGGCAAGCCCUACGGCGGGGGUUUGUUCUCGCUGGCGACCAAUAUCAACUAUGGGGGGUAUACCGUUUGGCGGGCGGGGUAUGCGAUGGUGACGGGCGGCUGGCCGUGGGCGGCGACGACCUUCGGUUUCUUCUUCUGGGAUUUCGCGGUCAGAGGCGUGCCAGUGUUGGAUGAGUAUCUGGUCGGUCGGUAUGGGCAGGCUUAUGAGGUUAUCAAGGCGCGGGUGAAUUAUCGGUUGAUUCCUUGGGUGUAUUAGAUGCCUCUGCGAUUUUUUGGAGUGGGGGUGGUAGCUGGAAGCUUGGUAUGACGGAUGAAAGGUAUUGUAUGAUGAUGCUGCCAGCUUGGUAGAUUUUACUGUCAAGCGAACUGGAGACGGCAGGCUUGAG